GCACUGUGUCGCUAGAGCCUUUAUGCUGUUGUUAUGAGAGAACGAGGCCUCGGAUUGAAGUGAAAACUUGUCCCGCCGCUGCCCCGGCACACCUGCUCAUGGAGGGCAUGGACGUCGAUCUGGACCAGGAGCUCAUGCAAAGGUUUAGCUGCAUGGGCACCACGGACAAAGAUGUGUUGAUCUCCGAGUUCCAGAGGCUGCUGGGCUUCCAGCUGAACCCGGCCGGUUGCGCGUUUUUCCUGGACAUGACCAACUGGAAUCUUCAAGCGGCUAUUGGUGCAUAUUAUGACUUUGAAAGUCCAAACAUCAACACACCAUCAAUGUCUUUUGUAGAAGAUGUUACGAUUGGCGAGGGCGAGUCUGUGCCUCCUGACACACAGUUCACAAAGACAUGGCGGAUACAGAACACAGGCUCAGAGUCAUGGCCCCCAGGCGUUUGUUUGAAGUACAUCGGCGGAGAUCAGUUUGGUCAUGUGAAUAUGGUGAUGGUGAGGUCUCUGGAGCCACAGGAAAUCUCAGAUGUCAGCGUGCAGAUGCACAGUCCAGCUAAUCCAGGCAUGUACCAAGGCCAGUGGAGAAUGUGUACAGCUACUGGACUCUUCUACGGAGACGUAAUCUGGGUGAUCCUGAGUGUGGAGGUUGGUGGUCUGCUUGGGGUCACGCAGCAGCUGUCGUCCUUCGAGACAGAAUUCAACACUCAGCCACAUCGCAAUGUAGAAGGAGACUUUAAUCCCUUUGCCUCACCACAGAAAAACAAGCAAGAUGCCAAUGAAGAUCAUCUAAAGGACCCCAGAGGCCCUUGGGUAGCCCCUCUGGACUCCAUUCAGCCAGAUCAAAAUGGACUCUCACACAACUCUGUAAAUAUUACACCAAAUGGUCUACAAAGCAACUUAUCGGUAGUGACUUACAGCCAGGGCUGCCACGGGCCCUACCCAUUUGAACAGUCUUAGGAGACAAAUUACCACCUGCAGGCUGCUCAUUGGAGUUGUCGCUCUGGAAUCCCCUUUUUUGUGGGGUCACCGAGGGGACUGAUAGAUUUAUUAAAAGACUUGGCAACCUGACGCUCCCCUUGCAUCACAACAGAACCUAAGAUGUGGGCAAGGCUGUUUGGAUCUGAAACAACAUUCAGCUGGUGUUACGCACCCGAGUUACGCAUGUGUGAAUGCUAAAUUAAGAUGAGUGCUAGAAAUCCUCGAAGUCAAAUACACAGGUUUUUUUUUGUUUGUAUUGUCACGUUGCAACAGUAGUCAGAUGGGGCUGUGUGUGUGUGUGUGUGUGUGUGUGUGUGUGUGUGUGUGUGUGUGUGCGUGCGUGCGUGCGUUAUGCGUGCUUUUAUGCUUGUGUGUGGACCAUGCACAAAAAAGUGAUAAAGCCAUUGAAGAUUUUUUUGCUCUGCAAGUAGUUUUAUAUUUUACAUCGUUCUUUAUCUUUUACGGUAUGAUCUGAUUUUAUUGCGACAACACUCACUUAAGAAAUGUAAUUCUAUAUUACACUAUACACCUCACAUUUACAUGUAAUUUAUUAAGAUCCUAAUAGUCUUUGAAAAGAGGUUCAUUAGUUCACUGCAGUUUCAGGAUCAGUACACAGACAUAGCAGCAAUGCUUGUCAGAGGCCAGAAGAUGGAACUGUUUAACCUAUGAACACACAUGCAACUGAAAAGCUUAGCCAGCCCCUUUAUCACAAAUGCACUGAGCUUCACAGCUCCCAUAUUUUACUGUAGUCACUCGUGUGUGUUGUUCAUUUAUCCUUGAGGUUUUAAGAGCAACCCUUGGUUUAAAUUUCUAUAGCUCUUAAGUAUAGUAUUAAUGUAUGGGCUCAAGCAUGCUGGGUUAUUGUUAAUUUUUAAGUGCAUUGUUCAACACCAUUGCUGAUCUGUUUUUGUAGUUCAUUCCCAGAACAUUAGACACAAAUUAUUAAACUUUUUAAAAUUCAUGUGAUAUUUCUACACAGAGUUUGUAACACUUAAUGCACACAAAAGUCUAAAUGCAUAAAUAUUAAUAUUUCCUGGAAUUGUUUAGCCCAAAUCGUGUUUACACAACAGUCAUAAAAUAUAAAGAAUAUGAAAUAUUUAAUAUGUAAGAGUAUAUAAUACACAUGUAUUUAUAGUAAUAAUUUAUACUAAAUCAAAUUUCAAAUUUGUAACUGAUUUUCCCACAGUGUCAUUUCAAUGUUUAAUGUUUAUUAAAUAGGACAAGCUUUCUGCUUGUGCAGGAUCCCAGUCCAUUAAGUCAUCAUGUAAAACAAGCCAUGUACCUCAUUUUCUUUUUUCUUUUUUCUCUCUGAUCAGUUACACUAAGACGUUGGAGUUCAAACUGCUUCUCUUGCUAUUCUUUUGCUCACUGAUGGUUUACUCAUGACACCUGUGCUUUGUCUUUAUGUUCACAAUUGUUCUUGUUUAAACCACUGAUUAAUCUAUGCAGUGUUUCAAGGGGGUAUCUGAUUAGAUUUUUUUUUGGUAAGAGAAGAGAUGUUAAAAUCCUGGCUUGCCAUAAAGAUUGGACAGGUAAAAAAUUCCUUCAGCAUCUCUAUGCGAAUGUUACCCGCUGCCUACAGCUCAUGGGACGGUGUUAUGGGUUCGUGAGGUUUUUUUUUUAGUGUUCAUCCCAAAAGUGUGCAGAUGUAACUGUUUCCAAUGUAACGAUGCUGUCAGUUUGAAUGAGAGGCUGAGUUCAGUGGAGUAACUCUUGUGUGUGUUUUGUUUUUACUUUUUUCUUAAUUUCUUUUCUUUUCUUUUUUUGAAUUUGCGUUUAUGCAUGGUGGCAUGGUGAAUGGAUGAGCUGAGUGCAUAGAGUUCUAUGGUAGCACAUUAAACGAGAAAAGAAAAUACAGAACUGAAAUCUUUUUUCCUGUAUGUGUAAAUGAACAUUUCUAUGAUUAAAUCAACACUUAAGAAGAAUAA